ACCUCACACAUCACACGUCACCCCUUACACAUCACACAACGCCCACCAUACAACACACAACUAACAUACCAUGUCAACACCACCUAUAGUGACAUACUUACGUUCUCUCGAAGCGGUGAGAGAGAGAUCUGGGAAAAUAUACCAAUUAGCCCUAGAAGGUAAGUUGGAUCAUUGGGAAUAUAAAGAAGAUAAGUUGGGAGAAGUGGUUGAUUUCUGUGUUGCGAUUAUUAAGCGUGAUUUUGGGACGAAAUAUGAUAAAAUACCCCCUCAUUGCAGGAGAAAUCACUUUUAUUCACCUAAUCAAGAUCGUAUUUCCAUCCUCCUCUCUCAUCCUGAUUUUCCUAAAGGAAAAGUCGACCGUGCAGCCGCUCUCAUAGAUCUGUACCUCGUGUCUGUUUUGCUGGACGCAGGAGCAGGAGCUGAUUGGAUGUACACUGAGAUAAUCGACGGAAAGGAAGUUUGGAAAGGCGGGAGAAGUGAAGGAUUAGCAGUGGCGAGUUAUCAUAUGUUUUCAGAAGGGAUCUUUUCGAGUGAAAGGGGGAAUAAAUUCCAAGUAGAUGCCAAAGCCCUUCAAUCGUUGACAGUGGAAAUUCUCACGAAACAUCUUCAAGUAUCAUCUUCCAACCCUAUGGCAGGUCUUGAAGGAAGAUGUAAUCUACUCAUUUCUCUCGGUUCUGCUUUACAGGCUAGACCGGAUAUUUGUGGUAAUGGUCGUCCUGGGGAUAUGCUCCACUAUUUCCAAAAACAUCUCGAUCAAUCAAACAAACCUAUCAUACUCCCUCUCUCAAACUUUUGGUCAACACUAUUCGAACUACUCCUUCCCAUUUGGCCCUCUCGUACCACCCUACCUUCUUACCCUGAUUAUCCAUUGGGAGACGUAUGGCCAUGUCCUUCACUUGAUCAUUCCCUCGAAUCUUCCGGGAUAAAGAGAGAAGAAGGAGAUUCAUUUAUCCCUUUUCAUAAAUUGACACAAUGGUUAUGUUAUUCUCUUGUGGAUGCUAUUGAGAAUGAAGCUGGUUGGAAAGUUGAUAGAGGUAAAGGUCAAACUGGAUUACCAGAGUAUCGUAAUGGAGGUCUAUUGGUAGAUCACGAUGUAAUCAUCAUCCGUUCUGAGACUUUACCUCCGGAUUCUUUUCCUAAAGGAAAUGAUCAACCUCCUCUAUUACAACCUUCUCAUCCCGCUGUUGUAGAAUGGAGAGCUAUGACCGUUAUUUGUCUAGAUAAAAUUCACCAGCUCAUCUGUAUCAAAUUAGGUGUGGACGAACAAACUUUAUCCCUGGCUCAAGUUUUGGAGGCUGCUACUUGGAAAGGAGGCAGGGAAAUUGCAAAGAUUAAACGUAUUGGAGCUCCAGUGGAUAUUAUCAGCGAUGGAACUGUCUUUUGA